GGAGGCGUCAGCAGCAGCAGCGAGAGCAGCAGCGGCAGCGGCGGCCGCCGCCGCGGAGCCGGACGCGGCUGAGGACGACAACGACGGCGGCGGCGGCGGCGGCGGGACCCGGCGAGCGCGAGCGGCCUCCGAUGCGGCGCAGCGUGAAGAGGCGGCGGCGCCGGCCCCCGGCGGCUCCGGCCCCGGCUGCCCGGGGCGGCGGCGGCGGCGGCGGCGGCGGCUUGGGGGCCGGACUGGAGGCGCGGGAGGAGAAGGUGGUGUACUCGCGGUCGCAACUGUCGCUGGCCGACAGCACCAAGGCGCUGGGCGACGCCUUCAAGCUCUUCAUGCCCCGCAGCACGGAGUUCAUGAGCUCGGACGCGGAGCUCUGGAGCUUCCUCUGCAGCCUCAAGCACCAGUUCUCCCCGCACAUCCUGCGCAGCAAGGACGUCUACGGCUACUCCUCCUGCCGGGCCCUGGUGCCCGACCCCCCGCUGGCCCCGGCCACCCGCGGCCCGACGCGCAGGCCGGCGCAGGGCGCGGCGGCCACCAGGAGGAGGCGCCGUGGAGGCCGGGCGGCCGCCGCCCGCAGCAGGAAGCCCAAGUCGUCGUCGUCGUCGUCGUCGUCGCCGUCGCCGUCGUCGCCGCUGCCGCCGCCGCCGCCGCCGCUGCUUCUGCCGCCGCCGUCGUCGUUGUGGUCGUCGUCGCCGUUGCCGCCCUGUGAGGAGAGCGGCCCCGUCCGGGCCCCGGCGCCCAACUUCGGGGGCCGCACCCUGGAGGAGAUCUGGAGGGCGGCCACCCCGACGCUCACCACCUUCCCCACCAUCCGCGUCGGCGGCGACGUGUGGGGCGAGCGCAGCCUGGCGGCGGCGCGCCACCGAGCGCGCCAAGUCCUGCGAGUGAACCUGGAACCCGUGGUGAGGCUCCGCCGCUUCCCGGUGCCCCGGGCCUGACGGGCCGGGGCCGUGCCCCCGCGGUGCCCUCUGACCCCGGGACGGAGCUUCCGCCUUGGAGGGAGAUGGACAAGUGUCAGUCGAGUGUUUACAGAGGCGGCCAGGACACCACCACCACCACCGCCCCCACCCCCACCCCCACCCCCGCACCCCCUAGUGCACUUUACGGGCGAAGAAAGUCACCGGAUCGGGUCUUUGCCCCGGGGCCCCCGCGCCCUCCCCGCUGGGUGGCGGCGCCUGGGACUCCGGGGGGUCGGCCAGGUGCGCGCCCCCCGCCCCCCCCCAAGCUGCGCUCCCGGCGCUGCCCGGGCUGCGGAGGAAGGAGACUGCGGGACCCCGCCACAGCCCCCGAAAACCCCCUCCCAGGGAGGACCCUUCUCUUCCUGACCCCAGAUUGAGACGUCUCUCCAGGACUCACGGGCAGAUCCGUUUUCUCCCCUUUUGGACUCUACCUCACUGGUUUGGAAGUCCUCCGAAGUCAUUAUUUUUUUCCAAAGGAAUUUGGUUUCGCGCUCGUGUAAUAAAGCCAGAAUUUGUUUUUUUCAUUGCCUCGCUCCCCACCCUUCCCCCCCCCCCCGCCACCACGACCCUUCCCCAAUCCAGUCCUUCCCCAAAACGUACCCUUUUACCCCCACCCCCAUCCCUUGACCCGACCCCCCUACCCUCACCCCCAUUGACUGCCACCCCUCUUUUUCUGGACGAAAGCUCUAACAUGUGUUGUGGCGUUGCACUCGUUCGUGCUCAGGGUAUUCUGAAUCCCACGCGUUUCCUAAUUUCAACUGGAUUCCAAAGCUUUGACCAAGGAGAUUUUCCAAGAGAUGCAAGCUUCUGACUGUUCAUAGGGCGAGGAUUUGGAUGGCUCUGAGUUUUGUGGGCUCGGUGAUGGGAGACAAAAAGUUGCAAAGUACAACUGUUGGAAAAAAAAAAACAAUUUUAAAAGUUUUUUCAAGGUUUUAUAUCGAGAUUUAAUGUUUAUAUUUGCUGAGCACCUAAAGGAACUAGAAACUUAAAGUUUUGUUUAGGAAAAGUUAACUUGUUGAAUUCUUUCUAAUUGAAUAAAAAUUAAAGUGUGUUGAAAACCCCAUGGCUUGUGAUAAAAACAAAAACAACGGGUGAAUUAGAAAUGAUGUUGGUUAAAGAGGUGGGUGGGAAUCUUGAUAUUUGACCUCAUUGUAUGGUCUAAUAUACAAACCCAGAAAUAUUUCAAGGAUAAUUUAUUUUUAAGAUGAGAGUCACAUAGGAGAAAUAAAUGACUGUAAUCUCCCUGAUUCAAAUGAUUAACAGAAUACCCAUUAGAAUUCUCAGAACCCUUAGUGACCUAGAGGAGUGGGGACAUUUGUUGGUAUCAAAUAACUGGCUGAAGUUAGAGUAAGGGAAAUAGAUCUCUCUUUUUUGUUUUUAUUUUUGUUGUUGGAUAACAUAAAAUGUCUAGACUCAUAUCCGUCACUUUUAUAAACAUCAUGACAAUUGGUUGGCUUUGGUCCAUGAGUUUCUUUUUUAUCUCAUGUCCAUUAAUAAUUAUGUUCAGAGGUCUUUGACAGCUGCAGACCUCCAGAAUUAAAUAGGCAAGCCACAGAGUGCUGACCCUUCUUUGACACUUUUAUAAUAGUGUUUAUAUCACAUGGCCCAGUGUGGAAUUCUUGAUUAUCCAAGUGCCUUUGGUCAUUGGUGGCAGCAGGACUUACAGUUUUUAGCCAGUGGUGCCACAAGCCAGAUAUUACUGCAAUAUCUAAAGGGUCAAGUAGUGUUUUUGUACCACUAUUAUUUCAAGUUUAUGUAUUCUGUCACAGAAGGAUCCAUACCGGGCUGGAACCUGACAAGAAAUCCUUAAUAUUAAGGCAUAUCUUUGCUUAGCAGCUUUUUAGGAGAAUGAGAGUUUGCAAACUAGACUCUUGUAUUCUUAAAAUUCAAAUAGCAUAAUUUUCUGAAAUGACUUUUCCAAAUAGUCCAUAGUAGGAAUUCUGUGACUUCAAUUUCAGUGUUGUUUUGUAAAAAAAAAAAAAGAAAAGAAAAGAAAAAUAACCCACCUAUAUACAUAUAUAUGACUUUAUGCCAGUUUCUCAUCAGCCUCAGAUAUUUUUAUUCACUACUCAGUAAUGCAUUGUGUAAAUUACUGACCUGAGUAAAUAAAAGUGAGUAAUUCAUUAGAAGAUGGAGAGUUAAAUUAUGCUUGUGUGGUAGAAAACCUAGAUACAUUCUUUGGUUUUUAGCUUCCAUUGCCAUUAAUAGUUCAGACACAUAGGGUUUUCUUCCCCCUAAGAUCGUUAAUGUCUAUAGCUAACUAGCACCUGAGAGGAAGAAAUAUGUAUUUGUAUCACUUUGCUAUUGUAUAUAGUUUUAUAAUUAGAAGAUGAAUCCAAUGGCCAUAUUAGAAUGUAAUUUCAACAUGACUUAUCUAGUUUCCCAGAGGAUUUUUGGAAUUAGACAUAGCUGGGAAAACAACUUUGCUCAGCACAGAAGUGAAACAACCGUUCACAUCAUCCACUUAUUUUGACAUUCUCAGUAUGGUCUUUCCUCUCAUCAUGUUACUUUAGUGCCCUGAUAUUCCAUUAAAUGCAGUUUUGGAUUAUCUGGGCUGUGUGAUUUCAGUUCCGAUCUGAUUUUCCAUCCUCAAUUCAAUGUGUUAUUUACCCAGUCUAUUAAAAAAAUCAUGCCAUUUCUGGUUUGUGAAAUAAGUAAACAAACAAAACCCCCUUUAUUUUUUAUGAGUUUUCCUUAGCAAAACUUGUUACAAUUUCUAAAAUGUGAAGAACAACUAAUAGAGUUGAGUAGUCUAUUGAUAGGAAAGUGAAAGUAUGUGAUGGAUACUUUGGGGCAGAAUAUGAAAAGGAACUUGGCACAAUGGCUUGUGUGAUGAGGCGUCCAUUUACUGUCCUCUAAAGUGAGUCUGUAGCUUAGCUUGUAUAUAGUAUUUUAAUAAGAAGUUCCACGAUCUUUAUUUGUUCUCUUACCUUCUCUUAUAUCUUAUAUGGCACAAAUAGAGGGAGAAGCUAGGAGAUCUUGCUAUGCUUUUAUUUAAUUUUUAACUCUUGAGUGCCUAAAUGUGGUGACUGGCACCUCAAAUAACCUUUUGAAAUUCCUGAUGUCAUUUUUAUCUUCCUUACCGUCAACCAGCAACUUAUUUUUUCUUACUAGAACAAGUAAUAUCAUGAUUGUUGAAGGCAAGCUUCAUUGUUGGUAGUGCGAAGUGUCAUUGUUGUGGUGUGUAUUUAUUUUGUCCAAGUUUGAGUAGCUUAUUCAACAAGUGUAACUUAAGCUAGUGGCCAUUACCUAUUGAUUUGCUCUGUACAAAUGAUAAUAGUUUUUCUGAGAACUCUUCAACAAAAAAAUAAACGUUAAAAUAACUUGGACAUAAAACAUCUGAGCAAUUUUGAACUUGACUUUUGGUUGUUUUAAGGAUUGCCACAGCACACUUUGAAAUGAUGUUUUUUUUUUAUGGACAUACAAACAUUAUUUACUUUAUUAGUGUGGUUAAAGUAUUUUUUGAUAGACUGUUAUGUCUUAAGUGCAUUAGAAGGCAAUUGUUUGUAAUGGAAUCGAAUUGUUUUCUUGGGCAGUUUGAUGUGCAUAUGAUGAAGAUUUACAAUCUGGUUGUACUUUGCUUUUUAACUUAUUAACUGUAAAUAAAUUUUAAAGAAUA